AUGAAUUAUCCAAGCUACUUAUUUAGAACUGUCAAGAGUGUGCAGAAUCCUAAUAUUGCGCGAGCUGGCGUCUAUCGGGCUGCUGUUGGGAACUUUGAUUACUACUUUGGACUUAAUACUACAGAGGAAAACGUUGCAUAUUUCAUCACUGGGAACCUUCCUCCACGGCGUACCAAUGCAUCUAGUUGGCUUCGAAUUGCUCCUCAUUUGCCAGAUCUUGCGCCCAUUGUGGAGCGAUUUGCAGGAGCAAACCCAGAAACUGAUGAACGUGUUUUCAUUUCUGAUGUAACUUCGGAAUGUCGAGAGCUUCGUGAAAUGAUUUCGCCGAGUUUUGAAUGGAGCAUCUUGACAAGUGUUGACUCAUUGCAACUGGGGGAUGAAUUGUUUCAUCUCAAGUCACACGUAGGUGAAAAGACCGUACAUUAUGCUAUUUGUGACGGGAACGUAAGCUCUACAUUCAGCGAAUUGGUAUUGGUUAAGGCUGACGGUGGUACCCAGGAGGCGUUUAAACGAUUUGCUGACGCGGGUGCUUAUCUUGCAGUUGUUUCACCGGUUCUCUGUGGCGCCGAAUCAGCUCCCGUUGAGGUCUCUUUGAAGGCUCUGGAGCAGUUGGCUAAAAACUAUGUAGGCGAUAGUGUCAUUCGUCUGGAUGGAAAAUGGGUCCCAUUCAACUCACCCAAUUUCCUUCGGCUGAUACAGACGACCACCAUCAAGGUCUCCAUCCUUAACCGGUCAAACUUCACCAUUUGCUUUACACAAGGCGGUUUCCUGUGCAUAAUUGAUGUCAACAUUUACGAGAUAGGAUCCGACAGUACUAUUUCGCCUUCCAGUGGAUUCUAUGACCACCGAACAGGGAAGCUAACGCUCCUGCCCAACAUCUAUCACCGACCUGUUGUUAAGCUACUGGCUUUCCAGGCAAGCUCAGACGCGACUUUCCUGCCUUCACUUGAAAACAGCAACUUCUCAGUAGCCAUACAGAUGAUCCAAGAAAUCUUCACUACUAAAGUACCCUACGAUUAUGAGAUUGUCCCAAUGCCCUACAACAAGGAUGUAACCAUUCAAGGCGCUGUCGAAGACUACUUGAGUCGGUCGAAUGUCACGAUGGCGAUGUCAGCGUUCCCCUUGCCAAUGUUUGCGAGCACAACCGUCAGGCACACGGAGGCAGUUCUCUACGAUGGCGUUGUUAUGAUAAAAAGUCGAAAAAUGAACCAGCGAGCCUUAUUUCGUAUAUUCGAUUCACUCAGCGGUUACAUCUGGCUAUGCGUUUUCGCCUCUCUCAUUUUCGUUGCCAUCAUCUUUUUCAUAAUCAAAGUUGUCUACGAACAUCAAACUCGAGUCAUGGGCUUCGUGUCUGAGGAUCAGAAUAUUCCCCUUUUCAAGCGCUUCCUCAAUGUCAUCUUCCAGAACUUCUCUGCUGUUCUACUGGCUAAGAUGCUAGUGAAGCCGAAACAGACGUCACUACGGGUGCUGUAUCAGUCCUACUGGAUGGCCUCCAUCCUCUUCGUGGCAACGUACGCAGCCUCUCUGGCGGAGCAGCGUUUUGUGGCGCGCGAAACCAUGAUGCCCUUCAAGUCUCUCUAUGGCCUCCUCGAAAACAGGGUCAACUAUCGUUGGCUUUUCCUUCGCAACAGCUCCAUCGUCUGGAUGAUGCAGCAAUCACAAGACGACGCACUGAGGAGUUUGCUUAGCACUGCCGAGCGCGACUGGCCGAAGGAGAUGUACGCGGAGAGUGUUGGAGAAGUGGCUGCUCGUAUGGCAGCCAACGACCACCUCAUCUUCAUCUCCAGUCGACUCGAGGCGAAGCAAAUCCUUAGCGAAGAGUGUGGAUUGGCAAAGUCAGGCCCUGUAGAAUACCUCUAUGCUCUGGGGUACUUUCUCUCGGGAAAGGACGAGUUUGCCAAGUUGAUGACUGAUCGAAUCAACGCCAUCAGCACGGAUCAGACCUUUAACUCCAUUGAAACGAGAGCUCUAGGCACGGGUGACUGUCCGCUUCCCUCGGAGAAGAUAAAUAUGCAACACAAUCCGUUCUCCCUCAGGGAGUUGGGUGGACUAUUUAUCAUUGUACUUGUUGGCAUAAUCAUCGCUUUCAUUGUCGCCGGUAUCGAAGCUGCCAUCGAGAAGUACCCUAUGUAUCGCCAGUGGAAAAAGGCAAGCGCACUUUUUUGCAAGUACACAACUUUUUACUUACAAGAUAAUGAUAUUCGCUUUGGGGAGACGUAUCCCGGUGAAGUGCUCGAUAUCCAGGAUGAUGGUAUUUGGAUUCGACUGCUGGAAAAUGAUACGACUGCUUUCGUCGACGCUAGCCGAAUAAAAACAGUAAGAGGCUCGGAUGGAAGGCCUCGUUUGGAGAUGGGUUCCUUCGUGAAGGCGACAUACAUGGGAAAUGACCCGCGCACCGCAGACCCUCUCUUCUCGGUCACCGAGGAGAAGACCUUCAGACCCGACGACGUCGUUCCACCCAAUAAUCAACCGCAUUAA